AUGGCUUCCAUCUUCACUUUCCUCGCCUUCAUUGCCCUUCUCUCUUCCGCUGCUUCAGCCUUUUCUGGCAACUUUGAGCUCACAAAUAUCGUUGUCUCGUCACCCUUUCAAGCUGAUCCAACCUCGACUCAGAGCUCCUAUGUUCAAUUCGACUUCUGCGACCAAGAUACUCCAGAAAUUGGUACCGCUCACUGCUGUGUUGACUGGGCCGUGGGUCUGAGUCCGCCCACCUCUGCAAGUAACACCUGCGACAACAGCACCUUCGAUGUCCUGGUUACCUCAUGGCAUGGAGUCGGAAACCUGUCGUUGCGGUUGGCUCACCAGUACAUUGACAACAGUGUUGGUCAAGCUCCGUACAACGUCCUCACCAAGUUCUCUGACUUCAAUCUGACGUAUCCUGCUACCGAGCACUACCAAUGCGAUACGGGAAAUGCAGAGUGUGUGACCGGUGCCGGAGAAGUGAUCAUUGCCAAUGUCACCACCGCCAUUGCAUGA